CCAGUCUACAAAGGUGAGUGUUGCCAUGUUUGAGAAAAUACACUGUAAUUGGUGUACAGUAUAUGGAUCCACUGUAGGAGGACCAUAACCAAAAAUACUGGAACAAAAUAGUUGAAAGAGAGAAGGACUAAGCCCUAAAUAUAAAUAAAAUUCAAGAUGUCUCACUGUACCAAGCUCUCCAGCCACUGGAAGAUCAUUGUUUGGGAUGAGGAGUCCUUCCAGGGCCGCCGACAUGAAUUCACAGCGGAAUGUCACAACGUGAUGGAGUUUGGAUUCGAAACGGUGCGGUCUAUGAAGGUGGAAAGUGGAGCCUGGGUGGGUUAUGAGCACGCGAACUACCAGGGGCAGCAGUUUGUGCUGGAGAGAGGGCAGUACCCACACUGGGAAAGCUGGAGUGGCAGUAACUCCUAUCACGUCGAGAGGCUGACCUCCUUCCGACCUAUCGCCUGCGCUAACCACCGUGAAUGUCGGAUGUCCAUAUUUGAGAGAGAGAACUUUCUGAGCAGGAAGGGAGAGUUGACCGAUGACUAUCCAUCUCUACAAGCCAUGGGCUGGUGCAACAACGAAGUUGGAUCCUUCCGAAUCCACUCUGGCGCAUGGGUAUGCUACCAAUAUCCAGGUUACCGCGGCUACCAGUUCAUCAUGGAAUGUGAUCGUCAUGGUGGAGAGUACAAACACUGGAGAGAGUGGGGCUCCCAUGCGCAGACUUUCCAGAUUCAGUCCAUCCGCAGGAUCCAGCAAUAAAAUGAACCCCGACGGCUGUGUCCUCGCAGCCCUGUUUUAACUUUC